AUGCUGGUCUUGGUCAAUGGUAGCCCCAUUAAGAAAUUUACUGUUAAAAGAGGUUUGAGACAAGGUGAUCCAAUUUCACCUUUCCUCUUUGAUAUAGUAGCGGAAGGUUUGAAGGGUUUGGUUUAUAAGCCCAUGGAGAAUGGAGAUAAUGAUGGUUUUAAUGUUAACGGAAAAUGCUUUUUUGGAAUCCUUCAUUUCAUGGAUGAUACUUUGUUAGUGAGGGAGGGUAAUUGGAAGCAUCUUUGGGCAAUCAAGUUAGUAUUGAGGGGAUUCGAACUUGUUUCGGGUUUAGGGACCAAUUUCCAUAAAAGUAAAUUAAUUGGCAUCAAUAUUAAUCCUAACUUUAUGGAGGCUGCUACUAUGUUUCUUUCCUUUAGGAUGGAGGAUAAAGAGAUCACUUUUCUUGGAAUUCCUAUAGGAUCUAAUCCUAGAAGGAUUUCUUCGUGGAGUUCGCUCUUAUUAAAGAUGAAGAAAAGGUUGUCGAGCUGGAAUGGUCGUAUGGUAAAUUUUGGGAGAUGGAUAACUCUCCUAAAGACAAUGUUGAGUAGUAUUCUUGUUAUCAUUACUCUCACUCUUUUUAUAAAGCUCCAUUGA